AUGAGCAACAAUAUCGAUGAAUCAAAGUCGAAUGACGUUCAGCCACUGGCAACCUCAGACAGGCCCCCUUGGUUGGCACAUGUGGAGGAUAGAAUAGCUGAGGGAAAUGAACAAUUCGACUCUGGCGCCAUGUACUUUGAGAUUAUCCGAGAUUUGCUCCUCGCACCCGACAGCGACGACACUGCAAUCCCCAAGGCCAUCAAACGGUUCCACGAGCAUUACGUUGCUGGUUUUGCCGGAAAAGACUUUGGGAGAAGACAGCCGCCUGAGUAUGCCGCUGGGGACAUCCUAAAUGAGAUCUCCAUCGCUGUCUUUGAGACAGUGGGCAAAAUUUCCUUCACGGACAUCAGACAUGACAGGCUUGCCAACUUCUUGAUUGGUAUCAAGCGCGAUGCAGCAGAUGAGUUCAGCAAGGAGGUGAGCUCCCUUAAUUUGUUGACCAUCAUUGUCCGCAGUCAUGCCCAGGGAGUUACCAGAGACAAAGAAUUCCGGACUGCGAGCCAGACUUCUCAUUCAUGGGUCAACAAAUCAGCUCUACUAGCGAAGCUCUUCAGCGCAGGCCUGUUGGAUGCUGACGGGACCCGUUGGAUUUCCGGCGAUUUUGAAAGUGCUUUCGAAACACGUACUUCAGGAGAAUUAGCAACCAACAUUGGUCGAAAGGCCCAAGUUGUUGCGCAGGCUAACUACAUUCUGAUUGCAGGAGAUGCCUACAUCAAGGAAGUGAAACAGCCUGCAAAAAAGUACCGCGUUGAGGUGACGCCAGCAAGGUGGAAGCUCUGGGCCUCGAAGCUACAGGAGGUUGCGGAUACAGCAAGCAUAGAUGCAGAAUGGGAUCUCAAGAGCAGGGCUCAGAAGGCUUAUGAGAAGAUGGUUGAAUUAUACCCGGAGGCGUUCAAGACAGAAGAGACGCAGGUGGACAAGGUUUGA